UUUUCAUUUUUCUCUCAAACCCAAAAAAAAAUAAAUAGAAAGACAAAAACUUUUUCACUCUAUCUUCAUACCCAUUUUGCAGAGUUUUCUGGGUCAUCAUUGUCCCCAGAAAUGGCAAAAGAAAUGAUGAAGAAAGUUGGAAAAUGAAACUUUGAGUUUUGGUUGUUUUUUGGUUGGUUUGUUUGUUUGUUUUUGGACUUUUGCAUUGAUUAUAUCUUUUCAGAAAGAGAAAAUUUUGGGUUUUAUAUUUUCUUUUACCAAUAAAAAGAGAGGAAAGUAAGAGAAACAAAGAUUUUUAUCUUUGUUUUUGUUAGUGGUUUACUUUUUCUAACCUCAUAUUCUUCACCCAUCUUCUUUUUUUUGUCUCAACACUUUUUUUUUUUGCCCUUUUCUCUGUUUUUCUUGCUUUGUUUCUGGGUUCUUCUUCAUAUCAGGCCUGAAGUUCUGAGAAUCAAGUAUUGUGGGUGUCUAAGUGAACUGGAAGCUGAACAUCUGAUAAGUGGUAUGGAGAAGAGUAAAGAUGGUAAUUUUUCUUCUACUGAUCACAUUAGUCAAGGACUUGCUUCCUCAACGGGUGAGAAUAAAAUAAACAUACAAAAUCCUAGAGAUGCUGAGGUCUCUACUGUUUCAUCAGAAAGGGUUCACUCUGCGCAUCAGACUUCAAUCAAGAGCGACUUAAGCUCGGAGAUUAAACAACCCUUUAAUGGAAAGAGGAAAGAUCUAGAUUCAAUGACAACAGCAGUUAGUCACGAAUAUCUUACCACCAAGAAGGCCGACCAUAAUAAGCUACUUAAAACUGAUUCAGCAUCUUCUAAAGAAAGUGGUGAAGUGGUGCAACUAAGUUCAGUUGAUUCUACUGAUCCAGUACCAUGUCUGUCCUCUAAUGAAACUUUGGCCGCAAAGAGACCAUGUAUUGUAACUCAGUUGGUCCAAUCAAAAAAUGAUUUUCAAGAGCGAGAAUCAUCUGUUAGUACUAGAUCUGAUUCUAUAGCAGCUAGUCAUUUUACAUUUGAUCUUAAUGAAGAGAUGGAGGGAAAUGGAGCAAUAUCUGUGGUGGCCAAGGUCGGGGUGCCAAUGGGCUUGCCUAAGAAACCAUUGCAGUUUGGUGGAGAGCUCGGAUGGAAGAGAUCUGGCGUUGCUAGUGCUUUUCGGCCCACUUUUUUUAAGAGUCCUGAAAGAGAGAAAGGAGCUUUAAGUAAUACAGGGAUUGAUCUCAACAUUGCUGCUACAAUGGAUUCGGAACUUCCUGCUGAUGAAACUUCUAUGGAUGUCACUCCAAAGCAGCGUGAAAGAUUUCUCCUUGACCUGAAUUGCCGAAGUGAAAAUGAUGAAAAUUACCAUAACCUAGGUGUAUCGAGCUUUGAUUUAAAUGACAAUCCUAUGAUUGAGGAUAAUCGUAAACACUUUUACCAUGAUCAACGUAAUGAAAACCAGCAGCUGAUCAGAAAAAGUGUUGCAGUUGAUACUCGGGGAGGAAAUGUUAACCAAUCUGGUUUUGAUAUGAGAAGGCCGUCUUCAUAUUGGGUUGAUCUUAGCUCUAUGCGAGGCUAUGGUCAUAUUCAACCUCAAUCUUUUCUUGUGGCUGCCCCGACAGCUGAACAAGUACAGAUGGUGGUACCUUCUGGAGUUUAUAUAGGAAAGAUUAACAAUUUAUCUCCUACAUUUUACCCUCAUGGUGUUCUACCACACCUCAAUAAUCAGCCUGCAAUUCCUCAAAUUUCGGGUUCUGUUCUUGCAGCAUACCCCGGGCCUGUCCAUUUCCUUGAAGGUCCUCAAGGACUGAACCCUCAUGCAUAUGCAAACAUGAGACCAGCUUUCUUUCCAAAUGGUAGCAUACCUCUUUUGGAGAACGGAAGCAGGGGAGUCAGCAAUGCCGAGCUCUUGAUUCCGAUUCACGGGAGGAAUGGAUUUUUCGAGGCAAGAGAAAAGCCUGUUGAACAGACUACUUCUCAGAUUAGUUGUAGACAGAUGGCUUCUUGGAACCAAGUUUAGAAUCGACAACUCAUAUUCAUCUGAUCUAACAUUUUUAUCGAUGCAAUGUACAUAAAUGGAGUACUAUCUAGAUUAAUUCUAGAACGUUGUCAUAGAUUGCUUACAGGAAGUCUCACUGAAGUUAUAACUGGGAUUACACAGUUGGGUCUUCAUCAUUUUAUCUUACACUUGCACUAGAUUGGAAUAUGUUUAUGUACUUGUUUCUCUGAAGACGGCAAAGUCACGUUUAUUGAAGUUGACUUAACCAUAGAAUAUGGCAAGUGUUUUGCAUCUUUUUUCUGACAUUCAGGUUAGUUCUGUACAGACUACUGGUUUGCUGAAAAUUUGCUGUUAUUCUUCAAUUUGAUUUAGCAGUAUUUUGGAGUUUA